GGUCAUGUUGUUGCAAAGUAAAUCGCGAUGGACUUUCUUUGACACCUGUGGCCUGGGAAUGACUGCGACGUGCGGGUUUGGUGUAACACACAAGGAAGUGGAGUGAAACCUACCAGAAGGCGGGGCCGCGGCUUUAAACAGGAGCCUUCAAUGAGUCAAGUAGAUCUUGGCCCUUUCUCGCAGCAGUUACAUGUGGAAUUUGGACUCGUACAAGCCAAGAAUAAUUCAUGAUGUUGACUUCACUCUUCUUGAUGUUGUUCUGUACCUUUCCACAUCAGAGUUUACAGGACACUGUUUCGGGUGCUGGAACAUAUUGCCAUCAGUUAACUGAACUCCUUGAAGACUGUGCUUGUGAUGUUGAAACUAUUCAAGAAUUUAACAACAAGAAGUUAUUCCCCAAAGUUCAAGAACUUCUCAAAAAUGAUUACUUCAGAUAUUACAAAGUCAACUUGAAGAAGCCUUGCCCUUUCUGGACAGAUAACAGCCACUGUGGACUGAGGGACUGUGCUGUUAAACCUUGUGAACCAAAUGGUGUACCAGCAGGAAUUAGAUCUGAAAGCUUUAAGUAUACCAAGGAUGCAAAUACCAUUUCUCCCCAUGAGCGUGAAUGUGAAACGGCAGAGAAGCUUGGUGCUGUUAACAAAUCUUUGAGUGAGGAAACAAAGCAAGCCGUGCUUGACUGGAACAGACAUGAUGAUUCUACAGACAACUUCUGUGAAAUUGAUGAUGAACAAUCUCCAGAUGCUGAGUACGUAGACCUGCUUCUCAACCCUGAACGUUAUACCGGUUAUAAAGGCAGGGAAGCAUGGAAAAUCUGGAAUAGUAUCUAUGACGAAAACUGUUUUAAGCCAAACUCUGUUAGACGACCACUCAACCCACUGUUUCCUGGCAGUGGUGAUGAAGGUGGAACUUUCCAAAGUUGGUUGCAAGAUUUGUGUUUGGAGAAGAGAUCAUUUUAUCGAACCAUUUCAGGGCUCCACACCAGCAUCAACAUCCAUCUCAGUGCACGAUAUCUGUUGCAAGAUACCUGGUACGAAAGAAAAUGGGGACACAACAUAACAGAAUUUAAGCAGAGAUUUGAUGCACAAAUCACCACAGGAGAAGGGCCCCGCAGACUGCAAAACCUUUACUUCUUGUACCUCUUGGAGCUGAGGGCAUUAGCGAAGGCUCUCCCUUUCUUUGAGCGUUCUGCCUUCCAACUUUACACAGGAAAUGAAGCGGUGGAUACAAGAAAUAAAAAUAUUCUUCUGGAAAUUCUCAGCUUGGCCAAGUCAUUCCCUUCACACUUUGACGAACAUUCCUUGUUUGCUGGGGAGAAAAAGGAAUCUGAAAAUCUCAAGGAAGAAUUUCGGCUGCAUUUCAAAAAUAUUUCGAGAAUAAUGGAUUGCAUUGGUUGCUUCAAGUGCAGACUUUGGGGCAAACUUCAGGUACAAGGAUUGGGAACUGCACUGAAGAUCCUUUUUUCAGAGAAGCAGAUAAACAGUUUAUCAGAUUCUGGUCCAGCUCAAAGAUUCCACCUGACACGCCAAGAUAUUGUUGCUCUCCUUAAUGCUUUUGGAAGGAUUUCGACCAGUGUCUGGGAGCUUCAAAAUUUCACAGAGCUACUGAAAUCUGCACAUUGAUGAACCUUAGCCACCCGUUCUUCACAAUGAAUGUCCUUAUGCUUUUGUUUUGAAAAGUCAAGAACUUGUUAUACAAAUGUUAACAUCAAAUUCCAUUGAAUGCAAUAACUUAAGAAUUGUUUUAAGAAAAUUAUUGAUCACUUAUGAAUGUAGAAGUGAUAGAUGUUCAGUCAAACUAUUACCAUGAAGUAGAGUACAUUUGAGGGAGUCUGUGACAUACUGUAAAUUAUAAUUUAGAAACCAAAGACAUGUUGUAAUAUUUCUUGUAGUGCUUUCACUGGUGGAGUGUUACCGAUUUAGCCUUUGGGUUUACAAAAUGCACUGUUUCAUUCUAAAGUUUUUGACUAU